AUUGAAAAAAAAUUAGAUAAAUACGAAUAUUGUUAUCGUACGGUCUUCGGGGAUUUUUUUUUUUUUUUACUUCUUGCACGCCUCGCUCAUUAUAUUUCAAUUUUUUUUUCUCGUUCCCCGCUCGAGUUACGUUUCGGCGGCGGCGGAGGUCCACGUAUAUUUUCUACUAGCUACCUAUAUAAAGACGUGCGCGUUAUCGGACGGCCGGCGUACGUUGUUUAUCGAACUCGUGUGUUCGUCGAGGCAAUAUCAUAAUAUAUUAUACGUUAUAAUAUUCACCGUUGGCGCCGUAUCUUUAUUACUGCACAAUCAUUAAGUCACAACACCGGCGCUCGCUGGUACCCAUAUAUCAACGUGUGUAGACUUCGAACGAACGAGGAAAUAAUAAGUUCAAUCGCUUAGUGAACGAAUAUCUAUACGUUUACCCACCCACAUCACGCAGACACGCCGUACGCCGUAUAUACUGCACCUGUACGGUUGAUCAAAGCGUACUUCACAUUUCCACCCAAGUAAUAAGAUUGUUUUUUCGUCGUCCAUCGUAAAAUAAACCAAAAAUGGAUUCUGAGUCGUUUAGAAUAUGCGGGAAGACCGUCAUCGACUAUAUCGCCGACUACAUGGAUAACAUCCGAGACAGGCCCGUUCUAUCUACCGUGAAACCGGGAUAUCUGUAUGAAAUGGUGCCACCUGAGGCUCCGGUCAAAGGUGAAGAUUGGAGAACGGUAAUGGCUGAUGUGGAGAACGUAAUCAUGCCUGGCGUUACACACUGGAACUCACCGCAGUUUCACGCAUUUUUUCCGACUGGAAACUCUUAUCCGGCCAUAAUCGGAGAUAUGCUGUGUAACGGGAUCGGAUCUAUAGGAUUUUCUUGGAUAACGAGCCCAGCGUGUACCGAACUGGAAGUGCAAGUUAUGAAUUGGUUUGGGAAAAUCUUAGAUUUGCCAAAACAGUUUUUAAACGAAUCCGAAGGACCCGGUGGAGGCGUACUUCAGGGCAGCGCCAGUGAAGCCACAUUUGUUUGCCUGUUGGCAGCCAAAGACCGCACGACAAAGCGGAUCAAAGCACUCGACCCGAGCAUGACUGACGGCGAGAUUAAGGCGAAAUUAGUUGCCUACACUUCCGAUCAGUCCAAUUCGAGUGUAGAGAAAGCCGGUCUGCUGGGAUCGAUGCCGAUGCGGAUGCUCAAGGCGGACAAUAGCGGCAGGAUGACCGGAGCCAUAUUGGCUGAAGCCAUGGCCGAAGACAUUGCCAAAGGGCUGAUACCGUGUUACGUGGUUGCCACAUUGGGCACUACUGGUACUUGCGCGUUCGACUGUCUGCAGGAGCUGGGCCCCAUCUGCAACGCAAACAACAUUUGGUUGCACGUCGACGCCGCUUAUGCAGGUGCCGCUUUCGUCUUACCGGAAUAUAGAUAUCUGAUGGCGGGAGUACAGUACGCUGACUCGUUCGACGUCAACUUGCAUAAAUGGCUUUUGGUGAACUUUGACUGUUCAGCUUUGUGGGUGAAGAACGCCACUCAUUUGGUGGAUGCGUUCAACGUGGACCGGGUAUACUUGAAGCACAGCUACCAGAGUCAAGAUCCCCAAGUACCAGAUUACAGACAUUGGCAAAUACCGUUGGGCCGGAGGUUCAGAUCGUUGAAAAUGUGGUUUGUGUUGAGAUUGUACGGCGUAGAGGGCCUACAAGCACAUAUUAAAAAACAGAUUCACUUGGCGGACAUGUUUGGGAAGUUAGUCAAACAGGACCCGAGGUUUGAAGUCGUCACAGUAACCAUGGGAUUGGUUUGCUUCCGAUUAAAGGGCGACAACGCCUGGACGAAAAACCUUUACGAGCGACUGAUGGCGAGCGGGCAAAUUUACUUGGUCACGGCCACCGUCCGGUCUAGGCUAGUUAUACGGUUCGUGGUGUGCAGCCGGCUGACCGAGGAGGUUGACGUACAUUUCGCGUGGAACGAGAUACGUGCGCAGGCCGACCGCGUGGAUGGCGAACGGGAAGUGACGCCUGCUAGCAUUUGCAACGGCCUGACAGGAACGUGGCCAAAGGACAAGGACUGUGAACUCACCGCCGCCACUAACAUCGUCGUCAAGUCUUUGACCCAAGGAUGAGCUACCUAUCUAUAUAUAUAUUAUUAUAGUUAUCUUUUUCACAAUUAUAUACCUUCAUUGGUGUCGUUAUUGUAAGGUUAGGACGCACGAGAGCGAUCGGCUUUUGAAAUAUGUAUAUUAUUAUUAUUAUUAAAAUUAUUUGUUAUUUUAAUUUAAUUAUUGUGUGUGGCAAUUGUAGUGUUACAACGAGAAACCAAAAAACCACGCUCCGACCGAAAGUAUAAAUUUAAAUUUUCGAUACUUUAUAAAUCAAACAGAUUUAAUAUACUGUGUGUUUAAGUGUUUUGUGUUGGUCAUAAUUAUUUUGGUUUAGUAUAAAGUAAACAAAAAAAUUUAAGAAUUACCUGUCAUGAACGAACACAAUAGAUAGAUACACCACUAUAUCGAGUGAGUGAUAUCCCUAAAAAAUGCGCACGCAAACGCUAUACUACGAAUUCCGUGUCCCUUCUCUGUGGAAUCGUAUACAAUAUGCUAUUAAAUUAAUAUGAUGUACGACAAUUUAUUUAUUUAUUUGAUCGUUUUAAUGCGUGGUGGUUUGGUUUUUUGUUUUCUAACAAAAUUAUACGUCCUUUUAAAUUUUUAGAUUUUUAUUGUUAUAUAAUAUUAUAUAAUAUAUUAUGUUUUAUGUCCAUAAUCAAAUGAAACACGAUUAUGCUUUAUAGGAUUACUGUAUUUUCAUAAUACACAAUAAAUAGUUGGUAAUUUGCUUACCUACUGUUGGGUAAUAGAAAUCGGAUUGUUACAAAUUUUAUGUAUUAAUUAUUUCAUAAUAAUUAUUGUUAUUUUCAUUUAUUUUAGCGGUUGGUGUUGUUUACGUAACUACUUGGUUUUAAUGUCUUCGAAUAUUACACAAACAUUACAAUACGUAUUUAUAAUAAAUUAUUAUUAGUCUGUAUCGAUCAAUUUAUUGAAGGCAUAAUAUUUUAAACAAUAUAUACUGCACGUUAAUUCAUA